AUGUUGCUGUCGCGCUCGCACACUCACAUCGGUGUGGAGGCGAGCGAGGUGCGAGGCGACGUGGCGCGGGCGCAAGCAGUGCGCUCGUCGGAGCCUGUCACGCAAAGCGUGGUAGGGGGUUCCCAUGCUUUUAUACUGAGGAUUUCAAGUUUUUUUGGUCUUGCCCCUCUGCGGUUCGAGUCUCGUGCCAACGGGUUCACUGUCUCUCUAUCCAGUGCCAUGUGCAUCUAUAGCUAUAUUCUAGUCAGUAUUUUAAUUAUAUUAACAAUAUACGGGCUGGUAGCCGAAAUAAAUGCAGGCGUCCAGCUGUCAGUGCGCAUGUCGUCGCGAAUGUCUCAGGUGGUAUCGACAUGCGACGUACUAGUGGUGGUGGCCACAGCGGCGGCGGGAGUUUAUGGUGCACCGACGCGCAUGAGGAACAUGAUCAAACUCAUGGACAGGAUUGUUUCAGUGGACAACACCCUCAGUGGGCAAUACUCGGCGGUGAUGGAGCGCAAACUGUGCGCUAUACUGCUGGGACUGCUCAUCUUCUUCUCGGUCCUCAUCGUGGACGACUUCUGCUUCUAUGCGACGCAGGCCAAGAAGGUCGAUAGAGAAUGGGAGAUAGUCCUAAACUACAUCGGCUUCUACCUGCUCUGGUACGUGGUGAUGAUCCUGGAGCUGCAGUUCGCGUUCACAGCGUUAUCGGUGCGCGCGCGCUUCCGAGCGCUCAACGAUGUGCUUGCGCUGACGGCACGAUGCGUUGCUGUACCCGUGGAAAAAAUCCGAAGGCCGACUCCCCUGAACAUCUUCGCGAUCAAAGUGACCCCAAACGACCUGCAGCGGUCCGAUGACGUCAGUCUACUCAUGGACGCCACGCCGAAAAGACGACCUACCGUCAUUGUGAAGAGAAGUGUGAGCGGAGAGUCCCGCCUCAUCGUGUCCCCUUGCGAGGCGAUAUACGGCUUAGCAUCCCUCCAUGGCACCCUCUGCGAGGUGGUGCAUCGAAUAGACGACAGCUACGGCAUCCCUCUCAUUGUGAUCCUCAUAUCCACGCUGCUUCACCUGAUUGUGACGCCUUACUUCUUGAUUAUGGAGAUCAUUGUAUCAGCCCACCGAGUGCAUUUUCUGGUUCUACAGUUCCUGUGGUGCGCCACUCAUCUGCUGAGGAUGUGUGUGGUCGUGGAGCCUUCACAUUAUACUAUACAAGAGGGCAAAAGGACCGAGGGUCUGGUCUGCCGGCUGAUGACGUCAGCACCCACUACCGGCUUACUGCCCACUCGGUUGGAGCUGUUCUCCCGCCAGCUGAUGCUGCGCUCCGUGUCCUACACCCCUUUGGGCAUGUGCACCUUGGACCGGCCGCUGGUUGCUUCGGUUAGUAUCUUUAUCUUA